CAUGCGUGAAUUUGGAAACGUGUGUGACUUUGUGAGAUUUCCACGAGGGCGUGUAGGUUCCUCUGGAAAAUGCCUUGUCUGUUAUUGUCUGGGGGUUUCAAAGGUUACGUUUCCACAACGUUUCCAGCAGACGGCAGCCCACUUGGCUAACUCGCCGGGUGCCAAUUUGUCUAGGAGAGAGCGCUGUCAUAAACCUUAAAUCAGCUUGGUAGGCAUUAGGGUGACAGGUCUGCCUUUCCGCUAAGUCUUUCUGUUUUAUUUAUUUGCUGUUUGUUUCACCCUCACUCUCACUCACAUUCUCUCUCUCUCUGUGUCUCAGUUCAGUUCCAUUCAGUUAAUUUAAGUUCACUUCAUUUGGCUUUGUUGAUUUGCCAAUACAUCUGUAUUUCCAAAGCUUAUGCUGAAAAAACAAAUAACAAGUAAAAAUGUGAAUAAUAACAAAACAUGGCUGUAUAACUAUACAAUAAAAAAUGUUUUAUUUUGUUUUUGUAUUGCUUCAAUGCUCUUUACCUCCCUACCUUUCAUUCAUCUUUCUCUUUUCUGUUUGUUCUGCUGUUCUCACAAACCCAAUUCCCCUCAUUUCUUGCUUUUCGCACUUUUCCCCCCAGUUUUUGACGAACGUCUAUGCUCAUGUCAGAACGAGGCGGUUUCUCUGUCUUCUCGCCCCCUUGUUCUCAGUAUUUCCUGGUUGUGGGUUUGAGAGAGGGAGGAGAGAGGGCCGCAGGGGUGUGCGUGUGCCUCCUCUUGCCCCUAUAAGUGGCGUGUGGCGCGUUCACCUGUGCGCCAGCUCACCAGGCAGUGAUUUCACAGAGACGAAGACAUAGUCAGUUACAAAAAAUAAAAUAAAACAAACAGCAAAAAAAAGAGACAAAAACCCGAGGCAGACAAACGGACACAAAGGCAAAAUCGAAGAACAAUUUGAACAAAAGAUCGCGACAGAACAACUAAAAAGAGAGACAAAGAGAGACAAAGACUCACUGAGAGAGCAGAGGCAAAAGGGUUUAGGUUUAAGAAGAACCAGUACCAUCAGCCAUGAACCGCAGUCAUUUUGGCGACUCAGCUGGUGUGAGAAUGAAUGCUGACAACUGCAAUGGCCGUUCUUAUGUGUCAGGCAGCGGAGACUCGUCGAUGGAGAGGGAGUUCUCAGGGGGACUAGGGGGGCCUACAAUGAGCACUCUGAACAGCCAGCAUUCCUCCCCAAGCCGCUCCCUCAGUGCAAACUCCAUCAAGGUGGAGCUGUACAGCGAUGAUGACCCAGGCUCCGCGUUGCGACCGCAGGGGAGAGGGGGGGAGAGGGAGGAGGGAUGGAAGGAGGAGAGAGAGGAGAAGAUGGAGGGAGAGGAGGAGGAGGAGGGCCAGGAGUCGGCAGGAGGAGAGGGGGCCAGCCCCAAGCCUUCCUCCCCGGGGCCGAUCCGCCUGCCGAACGGGAAGCUCAAAUGCGACGUGUGCGGGAUGAUCUGCAUCGGACCCAACGUGCUGAUGGUGCACAAGCGCAGCCACACAGGUGAACGGCCCUUCAAGUGUAACCAGUGUGGAGCCUCCUUCACUCAGAAGGGGAACCUGCUGCGGCACAUUAAGCUGCACUCUGGGGAGAAGCCCUUCAAGUGCCCGUACUGCUCCUACGCCUGCCGCCGUCGGGACGCCCUGACCGGACACCUCCGCACCCACUCCAUGGCGUCCCCCAUCGUGGGAAAGCCGUAUAAGUGCAGUUACUGCGGCCGCAACUACAAGCAGCAGAGCUCACUGGAGGAGCACAGAGAGCGCUGCCACAGCUACCAACAGAGCCUGGAGUCCCAGAGCAGCCAUACGCAGGGCGAGGACUUGGAGCUGAUGCAAGACCCUCUGAUACAGUCACCCUUCAUCGACAGGCUGGCCAACAGCAUCACCAAACGCAAGAGGACCACACCCCAGAAGUUUGUGGGAGAAAAGCACAUGCAUCUCAACAUGGCCGACACCCCUUAUGAGCUGAAUCCCACCCUCGACAAGGUGGGAGACGCACUUGGCCCCCAGCACCAGGGGGUGGACUCCGCCCACUUUGCAGGGGUCGGAGGGGAGUACCUCAGUGGACAAAGCGGUGGCAGUGGGGGCCCAGAACCCCGCCGGUCGCUGCGGUUACCCCACCCCCACGUGGUCACCUGCCUGUCCGAACUCACCCCCGUCAUCAGCUCCAUCUACGGCCAGCUGGGGUCCCUGGGACCGCGGGGAGACUGCGCCGGGGGCGGGGCCGGCUUGGGAGGCGUGGUCUCGGGGUUAGGUGGGCGGGAGGCGGGAGAGGGCCACGAGGACCUGCCCCACCUGGGCCAUAGCCAUGCCCAGUCUCCCGGCAACAGUUGCCAGGGCUCCACGGACAGUGAGAGCAUGGCAGGGGACCAGUGUGGCAUCGCCGUUGGCAACUCCAACCACCACCACCACCCACACUACCCGCCCGCCCCUCCUCCUCCUCCCCCUCCUCCCCCACCACCGCAGCAGCAGCCACGCGGUCGGGACAGGCGCAGCCCCGCCCCCGCCAAAGAGAGGGACUGGGGGGAGCCGGAGCGGGACGAGGCCCACCCUGCGGCGGCCCCCCCGGGCUCGCCGGGCUCUUGGGGGCCGUUGCGGCUCCUGGAUGGCGAGGGCCAGCCGGUGCGGUGCUACCGCUGCGAGCACUGCCGCAUCCUCUUCCUGGACCACGUCAUGUUCACCAUCCACAUGGGCUGCCACGGCUUCCGCCAGCCCUUCGAGUGCAACAUCUGCGGCCACCGCAGCGCCGACCGCUACGAGUUCUCCUCCCACAUCGUGCGCGGCGAGCACACGCUGGGCUGAGGGCGGGCCGAAGGGCGGGGAAGGGCGGGGCUACGCACGUAGAGAAGCCUGUGUUUGUUUGAGAUUAGGAUGAGUCCUAGUUUACUAAAAUAGGGUUAAGACAGACCGCGACUGUAUAUCCACGUACUAAUGGGUCCAAACGGGGAAGUAAAUGGCUUGUGAGUAAAAUGGAGCCGCUUAGUUAUAUACAUUUAUAUGUCUCAGUCUGUCGUAACCCUGCUUUAAGAACCUAGAGACGAGUGGGUUUGAUCUGCACCAGAGUCAGUGAGGUAGAUGGGCGUUAGGAGUUGUGCUAAGUGUUGACUGUUGACUUUUGCAGAGGCUAACUGAGGGAGGGGUACCAAUGCACAUACAGGUGGGGCUGUCAAACCUCACCUCCAGCUUUUUGCUGAUGGAGGCACACCCCAUCACAACCCCCCUCCCCCCAAACUAUUUUGUUUUGGUAAAGCACAACUAUUUCGCCUCAGAAGUGCCUUUCUCCUGUGUGGUUGACCUUUGGCCUUUAAAGUUGUGGAAAGAUUGUAUAAAUAGUGCUGCUGAUGGAGAAUCAUUGUCAGGGGAUUGGCUGGGAGGUUUACGGGGCUUCGGUCUGAGGGCUGGGUUUUUUUAGGCCUGGGGGGUCAGGGUUGCGGGGUUAUGAACUACAUGAACUAUGCACUGGCCGGGUGGAAGCACAGAUUCUAGUCUAAUCUAGUUAUUUCUGUGCUCUUAGCAGCGAAAGCUCUUUGAAUCUGAAACAUUCCAAUUUGAUACGUUUAUGAAUAUUUAUGUAGGGGGUGUGGUCAAGGACCAGUGCCCUCAUAUUUAUGAAGUAUAAAGGUAGUAGGAGCUAAUCAUUUUGAUACUAGCAAGAAUCUCUUGUUGGAGAGGAGCAGACACCCAUUGCCUUAAAAGGAGUUGCAGAAUAUUGAUUGAGCUCACAUUACACAAAUACCAAAAUAUAAAUGCAGUUUCUGCUCUUUGGGCCCUAAUAGUAGUAAUAUUUAGAAUAUGUUUUUUCUGCUGUUUGGUUCUUACAUCCAAUCGUGUCAUUUUGACAAUAUUUUAGGCUUUCCGUUGUUUUCCACUGGGUGAGUUUGGCAGCGUGGUCAUGGUGGACAUUGAAACCAGCGGUCGGCCAUGUUGGGGUCAGCCUCGUUGGGGUCGGCCAUGUUGGGGUUGGCCUCGUUGGGGGGCCUGGGCUGUGAUUUUCCUGUAGACAGUAACAUAGUCCAUUGCGUGACAAUGCAGGUCAAUGGGUAGCUUUAAAGCACUGGUGCAGAUCAGAUCACAGACUCAUCUCAACAGACUGGGGCAUUUUUGGGGGGUGGGGGUAGAGGGAUGACCUCUGUGGAGGAUUGCACUUUCUAAUGUUCCUCAUUGUUUUUUUAUUUGUUUUUUUUAAUUAUUAUUUGGGGGGGUGGUGUAUCUUAAUAUUCAAACGCUUUAGGGUUAGAGGGCUUUUUUUGGAAGGGGCAUAGGCAGAACCCAUUUUAUCCCUUUUGCACUGAUUUAUGACAAGUUGCUAUUGAGAUGAAAUACAAAAUAAACUCAAUUUAAAACACGCAGAGAGAGUACAGAGGCGAGGAGCAGCAGGUGGGUUUUGAAAGGUCAAAAAAAUAGAAAAACCCUCGGCUGUUUUCCGCUGCAAAGCACUGCAUGGUUGCUACAGCAACAGAGCAGAGAAGUGGGCGGAUGGCUGUUUGGGUACCUGUGCGCUUGUUUUGCUGUUAAAAUGGGUUUGUUUACCUUCUGCACUCAAGUACUGCACUUCUGAGUCCUGGCGCAAGAGCCGUGCCUUGGAUGUGCGACUGUGUUACUGGCCAUUUUAACCUCCUCCUCUUCUCCUUUGCAAGAGUUCUUAGCCCACAGUCUGAGUUGUUUCACACAUGAUGCAGAAACAAUUAUUUGCUGAGGACUUGUGGGUAAUGUAAUUUUUGAAGUUCUACUGUUACAGUCUGUGCCUACAUAAGCCCCUCUUUUUUAAUGUAUGUUCUUAUGGCUUUAAAAUGUGAUUUUAUCAAAAGGGGAAAUGGCAUAUUUUGUGUAGUGGAGGGCAUUUUUGGCACAUAUAAUGUUUGAUGGAAAACGCUGCAGUAGCACUUUAAUUGCAAAAGGAUAUCCUUUCAAAUGUAAAAUAAUAAUCACGUAGAGGAAGGAAUUCAUAAGCACUAAAAGAAUAUCACAAAGAUUUUUAAGGCUACUAGGCUAGUGUGCUACCAGCUGUGAAGCAAAAUGAUGGUAAUGAGAGAAUGUGUGUGUGAGUGUGUGUGUGCGCGCGCGUCUGUUCAUCUGUCUCAGUCUGCCUUGGUGAAUGUAAAACACCUUUUCCUUGCGAUACCAGUGCAGUAAUUUAUAUACUAAACAAGCUGUUGUUCCUUUUUUAAACAAAAGAUGCAUUUUGAACUUUGAAGGUCCUUUUAAAAAUGUUUUUAGAAAAUGUACAAUAUAUUUGUUUGAUUAGGAAUGGUCGAGUGACCAAAUAUGCUGGGCACAUCUGCUGUCGAAUCAGCAGAGUCGAAGGGUGGGUAUAAAUAUAUAUACACAAAUACAUACACACAUCUGCAAUAUGUAUGCAAUGUGUGUGUGUGUGUAAGUUAAUGAUGAGUAUAGUUAUAUUAAAUACAAAUGCACUUAGAUGGCUGAUAUAACAAAGAAUGAGUAAGAGAUUAAGCCAGCCGUAUGUGCGCGUGCGUGCGUGUGCAUGUGCACGUGUACACGUGUGUGGAAGACUUGAGGAGACUGACCUGGUUCGCGCCGGUGGACAGUGGGGGCGGGGGGGCGGGGUUGGCUUCGUUCUGGCAGCAGAUAACCCGUUAACCCCAGCCUGUGUUCUGUGCUUCUUUCUCUUUUCCUUUGGUUUGUUUGUGUGCUUUUUUCGUUGUUGUAUAUUGGAUUUGGAAUGUAUUCAAAUCCCACAGAUGUAUAAAAAGAGUUUUAUAUGAACUGUGAGCCGAGUCCCAGACGCUGCUCACGAACGGGAAGGCGGGGAGUCGAGCGCCACUGGCGUUGACGGGAUUUAUCACAAGCUCCACACCUUUUAUUAUUCUGCGUGAAAACACAAAUUAUAUGACGGAGAAAGAAGUCUUUUACCUCAGAUUUGUAAUACGUCUACAACUGCCUCAAGUUUUUUGGAAAAGAGGCGUGGUUCCUGGAAGGUGUCAUUUCCUUUUGUUCUUAAGGAGAAGCAUAUCCCAGUUGUCCGUUCACAUAGUUUUUCAUGUCUUAUAAAAAAUUGAAUAAAGUAAUAUUUGUUGUAAAAAA